AUGUUGCGGAACCUGGAGCGCAGCCAGGUAGUUCUGCUGCGUUCGUCGAAAAGGUUUGCAUCGGGUCACGGCCAUGAUAAUCACCACGCGGAUCCAAUCAACGAUAAACUUGAGAAACAAGAUGCCGAAUACAGGUAAUUAAUAUAAUAUUUUCAACGAUUUGUUUAGACCAGGAGCGGAUUCUUAUGCUUACGAAAAUCCAUGGCCCAAAUUGAAUAAAGGAAGGCUGGAUUGGCUGUUUCAGGAUGGAUGGAGACGUCCAUUGGCCCCUGACCAGGGCGGGCAAAUGGUAAACAACUUAUUUAUACAUACAAUUAUCUCUACACAAGCUGGCUGCUUCGUAGUAUUUAAAAUUUGAUGCUUCAGAGACGUCAAUGGCUUUGGUUUGGUAUGGUCAGCCACAAUGAGCAUGCCGAUUGGAGCAACUUUCACUAUUAUAUGUUUUUGUCAGUGACCGUUCUUUCCAUAUAUACCUUCUCUCUGAUGAUCUUUAUGAAGCCCGACUGGUAAGGUACUUCUGAAGUUUUCAUUGUUGCUUUAGGCCUCAUGGAAAAGAAUGGGCCUUGAGGGAAGCACACAUGGAGAUUGAACGUCGACGAAAAGCGGGUCUACCUUUGAUCAGCAAAGACUUCAUCGACCCAGAAAGAGUCAAGUUGACAUUGCCUUCAGAAGAGGAGCUCCGCGACUUCCAGAUCAUUAUCUAG